AUGGGUGAUCUGGAGCCGAGAUUCGAGCGAAAUGAUACUCGAACAAUGGGCCGGAAGCCCCUGCCUACAUUGGGAGCUAUCCCUGUCAAGAAUGAAAAGGGCCAAGUGGUAAUGAAGAAGGUGAAAGUAGAGCGAUAUGUUGCAGGUCAAGCGUAAGUUGUGUUUCGAUAUUGCUUGUUGAAUUUAAGAGGGGUUUGGUCAGCUUUUGAUGUUAUACUUAACGAAGUUGCCUUCAUAGAUGUUAGUACGCUUGUUUCAGACCGCGAUAUGCCCAGAGUUCGGAUGAGGACGAGGAUGACUUCACAUUGAAGCGGGAUGAAGAAACAGAUAAAGAGGAAGGUCGGGAUCGUCACCGAAGUACCAAUCGACGAGAGCGGAGUCCGGACGAUCGUAGAGAACGGAGAUACCGCGAGGACAGAUACGACGAUCGCCGGAGAGAUCGUAAUUUUGAUCGGCGAGAUGAGUAAGUAAAAAUUGUUUGCCUUUUCACUUUAGGUAUCAGUUAAAAGAUUAUGCUAAUUAUAAUUAAUCUUUAUUAGUCGUCGCCCAGAAGUGGAAGCCCGUGUAGUGCAGAAGGCGACUCGAAGGGAAUCCGAUUCAGAAGAUGAGGAAGAACGGGAACGCCGCCGAGCACGAGCGCUUCAAAAACGACGGGAGAAAGAGGCCGUGGAAGAAGCGCCAAUUGAACAAGAGGAUCCUGAUGAAGAUGAGGACGAGGAACGAAUGCAGAGAAAGCGCGAUAAAAUUAGAGAACAGAAGAUCAAAAAAGAGAGCAAGGAAGAUAUCAGAAAGAAGGAUAUCAAAAAAGAGGUGGGUUUGAUUUCGUAUUACAACUAG